AUGACCAACCAGAGCAAGGAGUCUACUGCAACCUCUUCUAUCAAUGGAAGAGUGACUCAACCACCGGUUAAGCCAUGGUACAGAACUCCAAAUCCAUUGCGAUGGGGCGGCAUCCCACCCAUACCGGACGAACCUAUUGUAUCACCCAAGUCUAAGGUUGGAUUUCUCAGCCUAUUGACCUUUGAUUGGAUCACGCCAAUGAUGGUCACUGGCUAUAAACGUCUCCUUGAGGAACGCGACAUUUGGAAAGUGAAUCCGAACAGAGCGGUUGGCCCUCUGACCCAAAAGUUCGACGCUGCAUUUCAACAGCGAGUGACGGCCGGAACGAAAAGUCCUCUCCUUGGUGCCUUGCAUGAGACUUUCAAAUUCGAGUUCUGGUUCAGCGGCUUUUGCGCCUUGAUCUACUCUACUCUUCAGAUUCUGGCUCCUUUUGUCCUCCGAUAUCUCAUUCAGUUCGCCACGGAUGUUUACGAAGCUAAACCACACCAGGCCACGCCACCAAUGUCACAUGGCAUUGGACUCGUUGUUGGAGUCACCGCGAUGCAGAUCAUUCAAAGUGUGGCUGCCAGCCACUUCCUCUAUCAGGGCAUGAUGCUUGGUGGUCAGAGUCGCGGUGUGCUUACUGGUAUGAUCUAUGAAAAGGCCAUGACAAUCUCUAGCCGUGCCAAAGCAGGUGGAAUCUCACAUGCUGGGGCCCCUGGAUUCAACGAAAAGAAGAAUGCAGACACCAACGCAAAUUCGAAGAUCAAAAGAUCAAAGAAAAAUGGUGAUCUCGAGAAUGGUAUGGGAUGGCCUAAUGGACGCAUCUCGACUCUCAUGAGUGUGGAUACUAACCGUAUCGAUUUAUGCUGCGCAUUUGUGCACAUGGUUUGGGCUUCACCACUUGCUUGUAUCAUUACGCUGGUUUUGCUUUUGAUCAACUUGACAUACAGCGCUAUUGCAGGCUUUGCGCUUCUGCUUAUUGGCGUGCCUCUUCUUACGAUAGCCAUUCGUAGCUUGCUUCAUCGAAGACGAGCUAUCAACAAGAUUACCGAUCAACGCGUCUCGCUCACGCAAGAGAUUCUUCAAUCAGUACGCUUCGUCAAAUACUUCGGUUGGGGACCGGCCUUCCUCGAACGCCUGGAGCAGUUCCGUUUAAAAGAAAUCUCCGCCAUUCAGACUCUGCUUGCUAUUCGAAACGCGAUGAAUGCAAUCAGCAUGUCUCUUCCAGUCUUUGCAUCGAUGCUCUCGUUCAUCACCUACGCGCUCACCAAUCAUCAAUUGUCAGCCGCCAGGGUUUUCUCUUCGCUGGCUCUUUUCAACAGUCUGCGGAUCCCUCUGAACCUCCUGCCUCUCACACUUGGCCAGGUCAUUGACGCAUGGUCCUCUGUCAAUCGGAUCGAGAGAGACAGGGAACAAGGAAUGAUUUGGAAACCUGAAGGAGAACAUGCGAUCGAGCUGCGGAGCGCGAGUUUCACAUGGGAGAACACGCAUAAGCAAGAUAAGGACGAAGUAAAGGAUACGAAACCAAAAGCGGGCCUUGAAAAAUCCGGAACUACUAUCAAAUCAAAGGGGUCGUCCGAUGAUAGUACCACUAUCGAGGAGCGCGGGCCCUUUACACUGCAGGAUGUGAAUUUCAAGGCUGGUCGCAACGAGUUGAUUGCUGUUAUUGGCACUGUCGGUAGUGGUAAGAGUUCGUUGCUGGCUGCCCUGGCCGGCCAUAUGCGCAAGACCCAUGGAGAUGCGGUCUUUGGCGCAUCUCGAGCCUUUUGUCCCCAGUCUGCAUGGAUCCAGAAUACUUCGCUGCAAAACAACAUUACUUUCGGAAAGGAAUUAGAUCAGGUUUGGUAUGAGAAGGUCAUUCACGCGUGCGCGCUUCAAGCUGACUUGGACUCGCUUCCCCAUGGUGACCAAACCGAGAUUGGCGAGCGAGGAAUUACUAUCUCUGGUGGUCAAAAGCAGCGCCUUAAUAUCGCAAGGGCUAUUUACUUUAACGCUGAGAUUGUGUUGAUGGAUGAUCCUCUUAGCGCCGUCGAUGCGCAUGUUGGACGUCAUAUCUUUGACAAUGCUAUUCUUGGUUUGCUCAAAGACAGAUGCCUUAUCUUAGCCACGCAUCAGCUCUGGGUAUUGGAUCGAUGUGAUCGAAUUAUCUGGAUGGAAGAUGGCAAGAUCCAGGUCAUUGAUACUUUUGAAAACUUGAGGAACAACCAUGAAGGAUUCCAAGCCGUCCUAGAAACAGCUGCUCCUGUCAUGCCAAAGGAGAAGCAGACAGAGGAAGACGAAGUUACUGAGAUCAAAGAACUUCCCCCUACCGAUGACACUGCGGAUCAUAAGAAACCCGAGAAGGACAAAAAGGCCGCACCACUGAUGCAGCAAGAGGACCGAGCCGAAGCUGCAGUACCUUGGUCCGUUUAUGGGGCGUAUGUGCGAGCUUCUGGAACGAUAUUUAAUGCGCCUCUUGCUUUUCUACUCUUGAUAUUGGCUCAAGGGUCCAACAUUUCUACCAGUCUUUGGCUCUCUUUCUGGAUAUCAGACAAGUUUGGAUACUCGACUGGCCUCUAUAUUGGUGUCUACGUUGCCCUUGGCGUUCUACAGGCAUUUCUGAUGUUCGCUUUUGCCCUUGUGCUAUCAGUCUUGGGGACGAAUGCCAGCAAAGUAAUGUUUCGGCGAGCGAUGACUCGAGUCUUGCGCGCUCCAAUGUCUUUCUUUGAUACAACACCUCUUGGUCGUAUCAUCAAUCGCUUCUCAAGGGAUGUCGACGUCAUGGACAACAUUCUAUCAGAUGCUAUGAGAAUGUAUCUUUUCACUAUAGGCGGGGCCAGUGCCAUCUUUAUCCUCAUCAUCGCCUAUUAUUACUAUUUCGCCAUUGCGAUAGUCCCGUUCUAUGUCUUCUACAUUGGAGCUGCAUCAUACUACCGUUCAUCAGCGCGUGAGAUUAAGCGUCAUGAGUCUGUUUUACGGUCAGCUGUGUUCUCUAAAUUCAGUGAAGGACUGAGUGGUGUGGCUUCCAUCCAGGCUUAUGGUCUUAAAGAGCGAUUCGUCAACGACCUUCGUUCGUCAAUUGAUGCGAUGAAUGCAGCCUAUUACUUGACUUUUGCCAAUCAACGAUGGCUCACUCUUCGACUUGAUGCCAUCGGCAACUUGCUAGUCUUCAUUGUUGGUAUCCUUGUGGUUGCUACUCCAUUUAGUGUAGACCCAUCGAUUACUGGUCUGGUGCUGAGCUACAUUCUCUCCGUUGUUCAAAUGCUUCAAUUCUCGAUCCGGCAGUUGUCGGAAGUGGACAAAGGCAUGAAUUCAGUUGAGCGCCUCCGAUACUUUGACGUAGAACUCGAAGAAGAGGCCCCCAUGCAUACUAUUGAUGUCCGUGAGAGUUGGCCCGACAAGGGCGAGAUUUUGUUCAGCGAUGUCGCUAUGCGAUAUCGCAAAAACCUCCCUCUUGUGUUGCAGGGCCUGUCCAUGCACAUCAAGGGUGGUGAGCGCAUUGGCAUUGUCGGUCGUACAGGUGCGGGCAAGUCAUCGAUCAUGAGCGCACUAUUUAGACUCGUGGAAAUAUCUGCAGGGUCCAUUACCAUUGAUGGUGUCAAUAUUUCUCAGAUUGGGCUCAUGGACCUACGAUCACGUUUAACUAUCAUCCCACAGGAUCCAACGUUGUUCCAAGGCACUAUUCGUAGUAACCUUGACCCCUUCCACGAGCACACGGAUUUGGAACUUUGGUCUACUCUACGCAAGACAGGUUUGGUACGAGCAGAUGGAGAUGACGCAAAAUUCGAAGACUGCAAAGAUGACACCGGUCCUGGCCCUCGCAUCCAUCUUGACAGCACCGUCGAAGAAGACGGGCUGAACUUCUCUCUCGGCCAGCGCCAGCUGAUGGCUCUCGCAAGAGCUCUAGUGCGUGACUCCCGAAUCGUCAUCUGUGACGAGGCCACAUCAAGCGUGGACAUGGAGACCGAUGUUAAGAUCCAACUCGCGAUGGCCUCCGGCUUCCGUGGUAAGACCUUGCUUUGCAUUGCGCAUCGUCUCCGAACCAUCAUAGGCUACGAUCGGAUCUGUGUCGUGGAUGCUGGGCAAAUAGCACAGAUAGAUACCCCUGCAAAUCUCUACUGCGAGGAAGGCGGGAUCUUUCACGGAAUGUGUGAACGCAGUGGCAUCCGGCUAGAGGAUAUCGAGCAGGCCAGAUCGACGAUCACAGCCUUUGACGACAUGAAUCGGCGCUAG